CUCUCUGUCUUCCAUUGUAUGUUCAGCAUUAUAACAAUUUCCUCUCUCCUUUCAGAUAAUUAAAGAUAUUCAAAAACAAGUAGGGGGAAAAAAAUUGGUGAUUAAAUAGAAAAGAAAUACAAAGAAAGAAAAAAAAAAGAUACGGUGAAAAUAAGCAUCAUAUAUUUCUCUUCUCUCCAAGAAGAUGGAAAUGGCAAUGAUGCUAGGAAGAGGAGUAGCAAUUGGAGCUUCAAGCUUUCCAUCAUCGUCUUCAUCAUCUUCUUCUUCUCCCUCUUCUUCAUAUCUCACGCAAAAUGCCAAGCCUACCCCAUUAUCCAUACUCCCCUUGAAGGUAUGUAAAUUAUUGGCCUUUCACAGAAACAUGAUCAUUUCCUGCUCUGCUGUGCAAGAAUCAUCUACUUCUACAGUGGCAGCCGAAACAAAGGAGGUGAAGGCAGCCCCAAAAGAAGCUCCAGCAAAGGCCAAACCUCCAGCAAAAGCUCCAACGAAGCCACUGCCUCAAAUGAUGGAGGAGGAUGUCAUCCCUUCACUGAAACCAAUACUUGAAGCUCAAGAUGAUAUCUCUGAAAUUGAACUAUCUUUCCAAGACAACAGGUUGGAAGGAUCCUUUCUAAGGAAGGGCAUUCCCCAUUCCUUUUGGGCCUUCUUCCCAAAUGGAGUCCUCACAGGUCCAAAAGGGUUUUCUCUGUCCUCCUAUGGCUCAGAAGCAAGCACUGUUGAGCCCUUUCUCAUUGAUGAGAAGAAAAUUACCUCCAAACACAUUGUCUAUUGGGUUGCAAAACGUUUGGCAGCUCAAGGAAUCAGUCCUGUGUGGAAAGAUUAACCUCUUACAGAUUUUCAUUUUCAUUACACAAUGAUGAAAGAUAUUCAGCCUGUGUUGCACUUGGCUUAAUGACUAUAAUAUAGCAUCCUGUUAAUUAAGGUACACAUUGUUCACAGAUAUCUAAUCACACCAUGAAAUUUGAUUUGCUUCA